GUGUCGUAUAUAUUCUCCAACUUUGUCGGUCCUUCUCACUUUCAGCAUUUUGCUCGCUUUCCAGCUCAUUGUUCUUCUCAGCUUCUUCUCUCUCUAUCUGGUUCUUUCCGAGAAGAAAAAUGGCGUUUGGAGCCAGGAACGAGCAGGAAGUCAGAGAAAUCGUGAAGCCUCGCACCGACAAAAGAGACUACCGAAGAAUUGUUCUUCACAACGCUCUCGAGGUCCUCCUCAUCAGCGAUCCAGAAACCGAUAAGUGCGCAGCUUCGAUGAAUGUUGGAGUAGGUUCUUUUAGUGAUCCAGAAGGUCUUGAAGGCCUCGCUCAUUUUCUUGAGCAUAUGCUAUUCUAUGCGAGUGAAAAGUAUCACUUGGAAGACAGUUACUCGAAGUACAUCACAGAGCAUGGUGGAAGUACAAAUGCUUUCACAUCUUCUGAGCAGACCAACUACCAUUUUGAAGUAAAUGCUGACAGUUUUGAAGAAGCUUUGGACAGAUUUGCACAGUUUUUUAUCAAACCAUUGAUGUCAGCUGAUGCUACAAUGAGGGAAAUAAAAGCUGUUGACUCUGAGCACCAGAAGAAUUUACUAUCUGAUGUUUGGAGAAUGAACCAGCUCCAGAAACAUCUGAGUUCAAAAGAUCAUCCAUACAAUAAAUUCAGCACAGGGAGCUGGGAGACAUUGGAGGUGCGGCCAAAAACAAGGGGGGUGGAUACCAGGCAGGAACUUUUAAAAUUUUACAAAGAGAAUUAUUCAGCCAACCUCAUGCAUUUGGUUGUUUAUGCAAAGGAUGGCCUUGAUAAAGCUCAAUCCAUGGUUGAAAACAAGUUUCAGGAAAUUCGAAAUAUCAAUAGGAGUUCUCCCUGUUUUGCUGGUCAGCCUUGCACCUCAGAACAUCUUCAGAUUCUUGUCAAAGCUGUUCCAAUAAAACAAGGUCACAAGUUGAGAAUAAUAUGGCCAAUAACUCCUGGCAUACGCCAUUAUAAGGAUGGACCAAGCAGGUACCUGGGUCACUUGAUUGGACAUGAAGGAGAAGGAUCUUUAUUUUAUAUUUUGAAAAAAUUGGGUUGGGCAACAAGUUUGUCUGCCGGUGAACCAGAUUGGACAUAUGAAUUCUCAUUCUUCAAAGUAGUUAUUGAUCUGACAGAUGCUGGCCACGAGCAUUCUGAGGAUAUUGUGGCACUACUAUUCAGAUAUAUUCAACUUCUGCAAAUAUCUGGUGCCUGCAAAUGGAUAUUUGAUGAGAUUUCAGCUAUUUCCGAGACUGCAUUCCACUAUAAAGAUAAAAUUCGUCCUGUGGAUUAUGUCGUUCAUGUUGCAAUGAAUAUGCAGUUGUAUCCUCCAGAAGAUUGGCUGGUGGGAUCAUCUCUGCCUUCCAAUUUUAGCCAAGGCAUCAUCCAGUCAAUGUUAGAUGAACUGACUCCAUGUAAUGUCAGGGUUUUUUGGGAGUCAACAAAUUUUGAGGGGCAUACAGACAUGAUUGAGCCUUGGUAUGGAACUGCAUUUUCUGUUGAAAAGUUGACUAGUUCUAUGAUUCAGCAAUGGAUGGAAAAGGCUCCUAAUGAACAUCUACGUCUACCUUCCCCCAAUUUAUUCAUUCCAACUGAUCUAUCUCUAAAAGAAGUAUCAGACAAGGCAGAAUUUCCUGUACUUUUGAGGAAAUCACCAUAUUCAAGGUUGUGGUACAAGCAUGAUACAGUUUUUCUGACUCCAAAGGCAUAUGUUAAGAUAGAUUUCAGCUGUCCGUGCUCUGGGAAUUCUCCUGAAUCAAUAGUUCUCGCUGACAUUUUCACACGUCUAUUAAUGGACUACUUGAAUGAAUAUGCCUAUGAUGCACAGGUUGCGGGCCUUUAUUAUGCGGUCAGUAAUACAGACAAUGGUUUUCAGGUGACAGUGGUUGGAUAUAAUCACAAAUUAAGGGUCCUGCUCGAAACUGUCGUUGGAAAAAUUGCAAAUUUUGAAGUAAAACCUGACAGAUUUUCUGUAAUUAAGGAGAUGGUGACAAAAGAUUAUCAAAAUUUCAAGUUCCAACAACCUUAUCAGCAGGCUAUGUAUUACUGCUCAUUGAUUUUACAUGACCAAGCAUUGCCAUGGACUGAGCAACUUGAAGUUCUUCCACAUCUUCAAGUUGACAACCUUCUUAAAUUUUAUCCGCAGAUGCUAUCAAGGACCUUCUUGGAAUGCUAUAUUGCAGGAAAUAUUGAGCCAAAGGAAGCAGAAUCGAUCAUACAGCACAUUGAAAAUGUCUUUUACAAGGGUCCCCAGCCUUUAUCCCUGGCUUUAUUUGCAUCUCAGCAUUUGUCUACUCGAGUUGUCAAGCUUGAAAGGGGCGUAAAUUACUCCUAUAAUGCAGAAGGUCUUAAUCCAAGUGAUGAAAAUUCCGCUCUUCUGCAUUAUAUUCAGGUGCAUCAGGAUGAUUUCAAGUUGAAUGUUAAACUUCAGCUGUUUUGUUUGAUAGCCAAGCAACCAGCUUUCCACCAGCUUAGAUCAGUCGAGCAGCUUGGUUACAUCACUGUACUUAUGCAAAGGGAUGAUUUUGGAGUUCGAGGAGUACAAUUUAUCAUCCAAUCUACAGUAAAGGGUCCUAAACAUAUUAAUUCCAGAGUUGAGGCAUUUCUCAAGAUCUUUGAGAGUAAACUGUAUGAGAUCACCCCUGAAGAAUUCAAGAGCAAUGUUAAUGCACUUAUUGAUUUGAAGCUUGAGAAAUACAAGAAUUUACGAGAAGAAUCUCGAUUUUAUUGGCGAGAAAUUUCUGAUGGAACCCUCAAAUUUGACAGGAGAGAACGUGAGGUUGCAAUAUUGAAACAUUUGACCAAAAACGAUCUCAUAGAUUUUUUCAAUGAACACAUUAGAGUUGGCGCCCCUCAAAAGAAGUCAUUAAGUGUGCAAAUUUAUGGAAGUUCUUAUUCUUCUGAGUACAAAGUUGAGUCGGUUGAACCUGGCAUUCAUCAAAUCGAGGAUGUAUUUAGUUUUAAGAGAUCUCAUCCUCUCUUUGGAUCAUUUAAAGGAGGCAUUGGUCUUGUAAAGUUAUAAUUUUGGUUGUUCAAUUGUACAAGUUUAUGUACAAGAUAUCAUUGAGAAAAAAGGAUUUGCCAUCCAAUUUAUCAACAAAAUGAGGGCAGGAGAUCAGGCAUAAGCAUGGAUGAUGAAGUAUUGAUGUGUUUAUGAGAAUUAAGGUUAUGCACAACUCUUGUUACUACUUUUUAAUUUAGUUUAGUUCAUAUUGUUGCCCACA